AUGGACUUGUUCGUGGACUACCUGGAUUCACAGCUACAGUCUCCCGAGGAUUACGACCUGCUAGUGUCGCGCGAAGAAUCACAUCGUUCCGUGAAGUCGCACCUAAAUAAGCUGAUUUCGGCGGCCAGCGAUGCCGCGAAGGCGUCCAACCUCUUGCCAACGGACGAUGAGUACUCCAUUUACGUGAAUAAUCCGGCCUUUUCGUCGCGUCUGUCUGAGCUCUCGGCUAAGUGUGCGGAGGCCUUCUGCUGCGUAGACCCCCUCUUUCGCAAGAUGGAGAUGGACGACUACGACGACCCGUGUUCGUACCAGGCCAUGGAAGCGUUGUCGAAAGAGAUUUCCCUGGGACUCAACGUCCAUCACAACGAUCCCAACCAGCGGAUCUCGGCCUUCCGGCGGGAUAGCGGCGGGAAGGCGAAACGUAAGGUGCCUCCCAAGGGCAUAGCCUCCAGGAAGUCACCCGAACCCCCGGAGAGCAGCCUGCAGUGUGACCCUGAAGCCCGCCUGGAGCAGCUUCCGCUGGAGAUCGAUGUCGACCUGUACAAGCGCGUGUGCAAUCACCAGCAGUCCCGCUGGGCGCAUUUGAUCGACAACUUCAGCCUGAGUCAGAUGUCAUCACAUCGACGCCCGAAAUUCAACCCAAUAGAGCCCUGCGUGACGAAGGGUGUGAAGCUGUCGGAACCGGAGGGCCCUCCUACGUCCGACACCGGCGUCCAGCGUCGGUUCGUGCCCAUGUUGUACCCGACUGGUGAUUAUUUGGAGAACUACCAGUGCAACAAGGCCCGGGCGGCCGUCUUGCCGCACCCGUACACGGCUGAGAUUAACGCCCUCGAGUGGAGCAACACCGAGCAGGAGCACUCUCACCGCGGGCGCAAGACGCUCGGUGGCGGCAGCCUUCUGGACCCUAAAAUUAACGUCAGCGGGCCAUCUACACCGUGUAAGGACUGCCGGAUGGUGCAGACUCUGCCGGAGUUGGAGAGCAUGAUCGCCGUCCUCAAGGGCUGCAACAUCGUCGCUGUGGACGUUGAGCACCACAGCGGCCAGAGCUAUCGCGGCUUCGUGUGCCUGGUGCAGAUAACGGGUGCUGGGGUGGACUGGGUUGUUGACCCCUUCGAAAUCUUCGACGAGAUGUGGCGGCUGAACGAGGUGACCACGGACCCCCGCAUCCUGAAGGUGAUGCACGGUGCGGAGAGCGACACGCUAUGGCUUCAGCGCGACUUCGGCGUCUACAUCGUAAACCUGUUUGACACCCUCAAGGCUGCCGACGUACUCGGACUCCCCUGUGGACACUCGCUCUCCUGCUUGGUGAAGUAUUUCCUGGACGUGCACCUGGACAAGUCCUACCAGUUGGCAGACUGGCGGGUGCGACCGAUACCGAGCGACAUGCUGACCUACGCGAGUGCCGACACACACUACCUGCUGGACCUGUACAGCGCCCUGAAGAACCGCGCGCUCGAACUCGACGCGCAGGAGUCCGCAGCCGGCGGAAUCGGCUGUGCGGACAACCGAAUCAUGCGCAUAAUGUUCCGGAGCCGUAAAGUCAGCCUCUGCCAGUACAAGGAGCAUGCGUUUAACGAAGUCAUCCGCAGCCUUCAGGCCCUGCGCAAGUGCCGCCAAUCCCUCAAUAGGGUCGACCACCUGUCGCUCAACAUCAUGAUGAACCUGAUGUCGUUGCGUAACUACGCAGCGCGCGUUUUGGACGAAAGCGAGCAGUUCGUGCUGCCCGACUACGGUGCAGUUGCGAUGUCAUUGGCGGGCGAUGCGAAGAACGCCAGCGAGGUGUUCCUCAGGUCGGCGACCAAGCGCAUGAACAUGCUGCAGCACGAGAUCCCAUACGUGGUGAAGCUGCGCAACACCAUGAAAGACGCGCUAAGUUGGCUAGAUACUACGGGCGAAGAUUUGUCUGAGCCUAUUCCCCUGGCAACUGUCAUCGACAGGAUGCGUCAGCCACCGAGGAGUGCCUCUCCGCCUGAGAAGACCAGCGAUUCCGCUACGCACGCAAAGGCCAGUAAACCCAAGCGUGGUGAUAAGGGGCGCUCGCGCAGUGAUAGUGGUACUUUACUGGGUACGGGUCCGAAGCCUAGUGGUAGUGCUCCCAAGGCGCCCAGCACCCUGGGCGGCACUGUGGAGCCUACUGGAGGCAGCGGAUCGAUCUAUGCCCCGUUCAGCAGCGUUGCUGCCCAAGCUGCUGGCAGUGUUCCCCCUUCGUCCGCUAAUGUUUCCCUGAAUUCGAGAGGCGAUAAUACCAGCAGUGGCGGCGUGCCCUCCGACGACGUUGACACCACGGCGGUUUCCGAGGCUACGGCAUCGGCAGGUUCGGGUGACAUCUCAGUGACCGCGGCGAAAGAUAAGGGAAGCGCAAAAGUCGCGGCAUCGGCCGCCAAGCUCAAGAAGCGCCGAGCCAAGCGCCGCCUACGGCCCAGUCAGUCCACGCAGCUUGCGGCAGAUGCCGCGCCUGAUGCUGCCACUCAGCCCGCGGCUGUUACCGCAAAAGUGAACAAGGGUGACGCUACAAGUAAGGGGGCUAAUAAAGUGAAGCCCAAGAAGAAGAAGAAGAAGGUCGCACCAAAGCAGGCGGCAACAGGUGAGUUAGAGUUAGACAAGGUUGCGGUCACGCCGAAAGUUAACGACAAAGCCGCGGCUGAACCCAAACCCGAAUCGCCGGCGGGGGUUCCUGGCACUGUGAAACAACGUCGCCAUCGCCGCAGACGUCGACGAGGCUCAUCGGCGUCAGAGACUUCAGUAGCUGCAGCGGCGCCAGGCCAAGAUUCCACCAACGCCGCCACACAUCCUCCAUCGUAG